AUUACAGUAACAAUAGCUAUACAAAGUCCCCAUUUUUUGCGGCUGAGGAUUGUCGAAAAAAACACACGCCAUGCUCUGAGCUCUUCUUCUUCUCUACCAAAUUCACAGCUACAACUCAACAAUGUCCAUGCCCUUAUUCUCAUCUCUUCCACCCCAUUUCCCAUCUCUCUCUCCUCCAAAAUCCCACUUCACCCACAAACCAUUUCUCUCUUUACCUCUCAAAAAACCCUAUUUCCUUUUCUUGAUUUCCCCUAAAUCCAUUGAUGCUUCUUCUUCUUCUUCUUCAGAUGUAAUUAUCGAGAAAGAAAAGGACGUUAAAGAUGAGGGGUCUAAUGGGGUGCCGUUAAACUCAAAUGGGUCGUCGCCAGCGGUGGUUACCGUUGCUCCGGCGACGGAGACGGAGUGGGUGAGGAAGUUUCAGGAUGAUAGGUGGGUUGGAGGGACCUGGGAGUUGAAGCAAUUUGAGAAAGAUGGGAAGGUUCAUUGGGAUUCUGUAAUUGAUGCAGAGGUUAGGAGAAGGAAAUGGUUAGAAGAUAACCCCGAGUCAUCAAGUAAUGAAGACCCUGUGCUUUUCGACACCUCAAUUAUUCCUUGGUGGGCAUGGAUGAAGAGGUUCCAUCUUCCUGAAGCAGAACGUCUCAAUGGUCGUGCUGCAAUGGUUGGUUUCUUUAUGGCCUACUUUGUGGAUAGCUUGACUGGUGUAGGCCUCGUCGACCAAAUGGGGAAUUUCUUUUGCAAAACACUAUUGUUUGUAGCCGUGGCUGGUGUCCUCCUAAUCCGCAAAAACGAGGAUUUAGAAACCAUCAAAAAGUUGCUGGAAGAGACUACUUUCUAUGAUAAGCAAUGGCAAGCAUCUUGGAAAGACGAGACCUCAAGCAGUUCGAAGGAUUCUUGAGAUUGCUCCUCGUAGAACAUUAGUUUUUCAUAUUUACGGAAGAAUGUAAUACAGUAGUUCUUCUAUGCUAGUCGAAGGAAAAAUGUUAAUCGUGCUCGGGCUGCCAUGUAUUUAUUGAGCCUUUUCUUGUUUCUGGGCAAUGAUUUUUAUUUUUAGUUCUUUUGCCAUUGUUGUAAAGUCUUUUUGCUGAUCCUGAAUAUUUUGUUUCCAAUCCUUUUAGUGCAAAUAUAACUUCCCCAAGUUUCAUUUUCA